AUGAAGAUGACAAAGUUCGACUUCUUUCGACAUGUACCUGAAGACCUCAAAGUCCACACAUACAGUGGCAGCUUCUUUUCACUGCUUUCGUUUGCUGUCAUGGGGAUGUUAAUGCUCACUCAUUGGAAGUCUUAUCGAGAGCAAAGUACGAAGACUAUUGUUGUCAUGGACGAGCACCAGGAAGAUCGAUUACGUGUGAAUUUUAACGUGAGUUUGCUCAAUGUGCCAUGUACCGUGGCUAGCGUCGACUUGGAAGAUUAUAUGGGUCAACGGUUUACAAAUCUCACACGUCAUAUCCGCCACUUUCGUCUUGCGACAGAUGGAAAGACUAAUGAAGUGCAAAGGACGAACGAGGUGGUUAUUGAUAAUCAUGAAAAGGGCGUCCCUAUAUGGGGAGGCGUCCAUCGAGACACUCAAGGAGAAAAUGUUCAUUACUCUAUGCCAUUGACCAGAAAGACAUUUGAUGACUUUAUGGCCAAGUACGAGCUUGUGCUUGUGAACUUUUACGCACCCUGGUGUCGGUUCUGCCAUGAGCUUCAUCCCGAGUGGGAGCGCGCCGCGGCGCAGCUACCUGACCAUCCAGAGUACAGUGAAAUGGUGCGUAUGGCCUCAGUGGAUUGCACUGAUCCAGAAGCUAUGCCGUUAUGUCGUCGUGCACAUAUCCGUGCCUUUCCGUCCAUGCUCAUCUACGUGUACGGAAGCACGUCCACGCGCUAUAUCUACAGUGGGCCACGUAAGACGGAGCAUCUACUACAGUUCUUGGACCUCUUCUUUCGUCGUCUGGAGCCGGAUGUCGAUUUUGCUGAAGAAGUGAACGUGAAUAACGACCGUCUUGGCCUGCCGCUGCCUAUUGGUGUGAACAAGGAAAAUUUGGAAAAGAUUGACUUUAAGAAGCGUCAUUCGUCGAAUAGUGUGCAAACUGGCGCUGUCGAAGGAUGCGAGAUCUCGGGAAGUAUCAGUGUUAAUCGCGUUCCUGGCGUGCUGGUAUUCACGGCGCGCUCCGAUGACAUGUCGUUCAAUGCGCAAGCUAUCGACAUCUCCCAUAUUGUAAACCACUUCUCUUUCGGUCAGGUGCGACGCUCAGAGAAUUUGUUCGAUGGAGGGAACAACUUGUUUGCUAGGGGCAACAACCUGAUCGCAGCACCAUCGAACCGCUACCCUCUCGAUAAGAAGAUUUACACUAUCAAGAGCGAAAACAUCACGGUGCAGCACUUUUUGAAUGUGGUCGGUUUUGACAACCCGGGUAGUUCAAGGAAAACGCACCUGCUGCAACGGUCGUACGAGUUUUCGGCAACGACUACUCGCUACGAUGAUAAGCAGCCGUCCGCGCUGUUUACCUUUGACAUCUCUCCGUUGGUGGUGCAGGUCACGGCCGACAGCAUUCCGUUUUACCACUUCAUCACACACUUGUGCGCAGUAAUAGGUGGCGUGUUCACCAUUAUUGGCCUUGUGGACUCAGGCGUUUUCCAUGCCAUGAACUCCAUCAAGAAAAAACAACAGAUUGGAAAGUUGUCGUAG